CGUGCAUGAGUGGGCGCACCUGCGGUAUGGAGUGUUUGACGAGUAUGGCAGACGGGGAGACCCUAAUUAUCCGGAAACAUUCUGCGAGGGACGCAAGCUGAAGAUGAACGCCUGUUCGAAAUUCCUGGGUUUCACCGCUCUGCGAGACGACGGCUCACCAUGCAUGAGGGAUAAGAAGUGUCACUUCGAGAAAAAGUGCACCGUCUCGCCCUUUAUUAUCUCUAAAAGCCCUGCAGAAAGCUCUAUCAUGUUUAUGCCGUACGUCAAAAACAUUUCUCAUUUCUGUGAAUCGGGUCAAGGCCUUCGCAUGCACAACUACGAAGCUCGGACAAGGCAAAACUUGAUGUGUAAUCGACGGUCUGUCUUGGAUGUCAUCCUCUCGAACGAUGACUUCAAAAAGCUAGCAGCCCCGAACUUGUCUAAGCGCAUCCAUGUCACCUUUGAAGAAGCGCAGCAAGGUGACGAACCUCAAAAAGUCGUUCUAGCUUUGGAUACGUCAGGCAGUAUGAAGUCAAUGGCCCGGAUUGAUUUUCUGAAAGCAGGCCUUCAGGCUUACAUAAACCACGUACCUGAUGGCAAGAUAAGACUGGCCAUGCUGGAAUUCAACUACAACGCCACACUACUUCACGAUGUGCUUCUUGUGAAUUCGACCACUCGUCAAAGUUUUGUUGCCACAGUGAACGCUCUGAAAGCUGAUGGGGGUACAUGCAUCGGUUGCGCACUUGAACUGGCUAUACAGGUGCUCACCAAACCCAAUGACCCUCCAUAUGGUUCCAUCGUCAUGUUGGUCACUGACGGUAUGGAAAGCGUGGAGCCCUACCUGAGGAGCAUGAUUCCAAGCCUCGUGAAUUCGCUCGUCGAAGUGAGCACGUUUGCACUCGGAACCGCUGCAGACCCCAAGCUCGAAGAACUGGCAGCUGCAACGAACGGCAGGGUGUUCUAUUUCCCGGACAGUCAAAAUUUCGCUGCCGUCCACAUGGAAGUGGCCCUUCAGACAGCCAGCACACCCGGAAUGGUGGAUUCUGCAUGGCCCAUUAUGAUUUUGCACGACGAAAGAAACUUCACCAAUCAGACGAGUCUCGAAUUCGCCAUCGAUAUUGGUUUGACAAAGAAAGCAACAGUCUUCUUAACUAGAGUUCAUGCGGAGCAAGAUAUCCGCAUAUGGCUCGUCGACCCUGAUGGACAGCCCUGCACAAGCUGCCGUACUGCUAUCAUUAGUGACUUGGUCAAUAUAACCAUACCGGACCCAGCACAGCCGGGUAUGUGGACGCUUCGGGUCAACAGUACCAACAAUGAUUCUAUGGACAUCAACGUGAGGGUAAUGGCACAACCUGAAGACAAUACUGAACCCAUCAUUGCCACCUGCAAAAUUACAAGGAAGGCGUCUACCCUUAUAUCUGAUGUUGUCGUCAUUGCCGACGUCACCAAAGGGGACAAGGCUGUUUUGAAUGCGAGGGUUGUGGCCUAUAUAACUGACCCGUAUGGUCGACUGACUACCUUGACACUUCGCGACAACGGCAAAGAUCCAGAUGUGUAUCCCGAUGACGGAAAGUACAGUGAAUAUUAUAUCGAAUUUGCUGGAAAAGGAAGGUACGCCAUGAAGGCACGCGUGAACGGUAACGAGACAAGGAAAGCCUGCUGCGCAUCUUGUUCAGGAAGCUCCAUUAUGCCCCGUAGGUUGUUGACGUUACCUCCUGGGCAUUGCGAACUGGGCCUUGACUAUGACAGAAGCUGCUAUGGCCACUCCAACAAUACUUACAAGCCGGCCCCGCCACCGCAAGGGGAGCCCAUCGGCCCUUUCCAGAGGGAGAUCGAUGGAGGAUCAUUGCAUGUGACAGACGACCUGCAGAAACACAUGGUGCCUCCAGCGGCUGUCAGGGACCUGCAUGUUUCUAAGGCGAGACCAGGAAACAAUGGCACUCUUCUGGCGAACAUGACCUGGACAUGGCCAGGGAAGCACAUGACCCAUGGAACUGCGUCAUCAAUCGAUAUCCGAGCGAGCAAUGACUUCAAAAGUCUGGACGAGCACUUCGAGUCCCAAGUGCAGAUCGACUCAACGAGCUUGGUUCAGGGCGACUUGAUACCUAGACCAGGAGGAACGACUCACGUUGUGACGAUCUCGCUUACACGUGAAUUGGCAGAGGAAAGAAAAAAUUUCACAAUGUGGAGAGUGAAGUUUGCUGCUAGGGUGAACAAUAGCUACGGCCUGAUGUCCGGGAUGUCAAACAUAGCGCAGUUGGACUACGACGAUUGGUCGAAAAGUGCAGCUGGCUACCAUGGCAACAAGUACACCCCAAAGGUUCCAGAAGGCCUGCCGGCCAGGCCCACGACAGCUGGGAAAAGUAGCCCGAAAUCCACACAAGACAACUCCGCCGACGAUGAAAACAAUGACGGCGCAUCAUCUACAUCCCUCAUUUCCAUGGCUCCUGGCUCUUCUUGUGGCAGCAGUAGUGGUGGGCUCUGCUGUGCUGUGGAUUCUCAAAAGAAGCAAGGGCGGAAGCGAUACUGGAGUUGGGGACAAGGGUCUUGCAGAACUGGCUGAGACAACAAGUGCGCCACCGUGAAAAUCUUUGAACACGUUAGGAGUUAAUAAACUUCACAGAA